CCUCGCCCGCCCCGCGCGCCCCUCGGAGCCGCUGCCCGGGCCGCGGAGGAGGAGGCGGGGGAGAGCAUGACCGCGGAGCUGUGGCCGUCGGUCCCGAACGGGACGGACGCCGCCUUCCUGGGCGUCCCGGCCUCGCCCUGGGGCAACGGCUCGGCCGCCCCCGCCGCGCCGUUCCGGUGCGCGCUGACCAAGACCGGCUUCCAGUUCUACUACCUGCCGAUCGUGUACAUCCUGGUGUCGGUCGUGGGCCUCGUGGGCAACAGCGUGGCCAUCUGGAUGUUCGUGCGCCACAUGCGCCCGUGGAGCGGCAUCUCGGUGUACAUGUUCAACCUGGCGCUGGCCGACUUCCUGUACGUGCUCACCCUGCCCGCCCUGGUCUUCUACUACUUCAAUAAGACCGACUGGGUGUUCGGGGACGCCAUGUGCAAGCUGCAGCGCUUCAUCUUCCACGUGAACCUGUACGGCAGCAUCCUGUUCCUCACCUGCAUCAGCGCGCACCGCUACAGCGGCGUGGUGCACCCGCUGCAGUCGCUCGGCCGCCUCAAGAAGAAGAACGCCGUGUACAUCAGCGCGCUCGUCUGGCUGCUCGUGGCCGCCGCCAUCGCGCCCAUCCUCUUCUACUCGGGCACCGGGGUCCGCCGCAACAAGACGGUCGCCUGCUACGACACCACCUCCGACGAGCACCUGCGCGGCUACUUCGUCUACAGCCUCUGCACCACCGUGGCCAUGUUCUGCGUCCCGCUCGUGCUCAUCCUCGCCUGCUACGGCCGCAUCGUGCGCGCCCUGGUGCGCAACGACCUGGACGACUCCCCGCUGCGGAGGAAGUCCAUCUACCUGGUCAUCAUCGUCCUCACCGUCUUCGCCGUCUCCUACAUCCCCUUCCACGUGAUGAAGACCAUGAACCUGCGCGCCCGCCUGGACUUCCAGUCCCCGGGGAUGUGCGCCUUCAACGACCGCGUCUACGCCACCUACCAGGUCACCCGCGGGCUGGCCAGCCUCAACAGCUGCGUGGACCCCAUCCUUUACUUCCUGGCGGGGGACACGUUCCGGAGGAGGCUCUCCCGGGCCACCCGGAAAGCCUCCCGGAGGAGCGAGGCCCACCUGCAGCAGUCCAAGAGCGAAGACAUGACCGUCAACAUGUUAGCCGAGUUCAAGCAGAACGGGGACACCAGCCUGUGACGGAACGCCGGCCGGGCCCCUGGGGGGCCUCCGGUCUCCGGCACGUGCUGGAGAUGAAGCCAGGGUCU